AUGGCGGCUCGCUACAAGUACACGGGCGCAACCGAAAUGCAGGACCGCACGCGAAAAGAGCGUCUGUUUGAUGAAACCGAACACGAACUACCUAACUUCUCCCCAUUUUCCGCGUCAUCGGGAACGAUCGAUAAAGCCUACGAUCUUCUAUCGUAUCUCGGCAAGAACAAUCCAUUUCCGCGCUCAAUUACAGGCGAAGACACCGUUUGGCUACUCGACAACACUGCGUAUCGUAACGAGGGAACGGGGAGAUGGGAAGCCGAAUUCGUCUCAGCUGCUUUCUCCCAACACUCAUCCUGCGCCGUGGUUGACGCUGUAAGUGCUAUAGCUGAAAAGAUUGAACUGGACGAAAAGGAUCCGAAUUACCCCACCGUCGAAGAACGCAUCCGACCAUUCUUGCAAGACAUCAAACCGGGCACUCAGGUCAAAGCACUUCAUAGGGGAAACACUCCACUAAAACUCGGUCCUGGUGGUAGGAAUGGAAUUAGUAGCGAUAUCAAGGGACUCCCCGCUAGAGAGGGAGGCGAGCUUGCUCCUACGUUUGCCAAGGUUCCUAAAGGCGCCGACGGUGUUCUAGAAAUGAAGACGUUUUACGCUGAGCCAGAAGGUUGGGGCGUUAUAUCCGAUAUCGACGACACAAUCAAAGUCACUCAGACAAGCGACCCCAUUGGCAUACUACGAACGACCUUUCUCGAGAAGCCUGAACCCAUUUCUGGGAUGCCUGAAUUAUACCGAUCCAUCCAAUCCCUCAUCCAGGAAAAAUCACCAUGGUUCUACCUGUCAGCCUCACCGUAUAACCUAUAUCCCUUCCUACGCGACUUCUGCCAGCAGAAUUACCCUUUCGGGACCAUUAUCCUGCGCGACGCAAGCUGGAUGAGCCUUCCUGGAUUAUUAACAACGCUCACUCUCGGUACGGAGGACUACAAGGUCAGUCGCAUGGAAAAGAUUCAUUCAUGGCUUCCUCGGAGGAAGAUGAUUUGUAUUGGCGACUCGACCCAGUCCGAUCCUGAAGCGUAUGGGGAGAUUUAUCGAGCAUACCCUGGUUGGGUAAAAGCAAUCCUUAUUCGUAAAGUAGAAGACAUCGCAGCGAUCGGAAUCGACGCCAAAAACGAGCCAGAGAGAUUUGAGAAAGCGUUCGAGGGCGUACCUCGUGAGAUUUGGCAUGUGUUCUCAGAGCCGACUGAGUGCCACAAGUUUAUCCAGGAUGCAGUCUCAUCUUACAUUCAACGUCACCAUUCUGCCAUGUCUGCUCCCAAGCGUCAAAAGUCGUCCAAGGAUGUGCCGUACGAACUCAUUUACUGGCCCGGUAUACCAGGUCGUGGUGAGCAUAUCCGCUUGGCACUUGAGGAAGCUGGGGCAACAUACACAGACACAGCACGGAUAGAGAAGGGUGUGGACCAAGUGACUGCACAGAUUGACGAGCAAAACAUUGGCGACGACUUCAACCCACCGCCUUUUGCUCCACCAAUUCUUCGUCACGGAGACCUUCUCAUUUCCCAAACUUCUAAUAUCUUGUUGUAUCUGGGACCACGACUCGGGUUAUCCUACGUAUGCGAACAAAUACUGAUCCCUUUCGCAGUGGUACCGAGUGGUGAUGAUGAAGAGCACCCGGAUGCGCUGUACAAAGUCAAUGCGCUAGCUUUGACAGCGCUUGACGGCCUGAGCAACGAGGUACACGACUGUCAUCACCCUAUAGGAUCUGGCCUGUAUUACGAGGACCAGAAGGAUGAGGCCAAGCGCAAGAGCAAGGACUUUGUAGAGAACCGGCUUCCUAAGUUCCUAGGUUACUUCGAGCGCGUAUUGCAGGGCAAGGCGAGCGGAGAAGGCCCGUGGCUGUAUGGCGGCCAGCUGACUUACGCAGACUUAGGUAUGAAGGCUGUAGCCGCCGCCGAAAAGUCGGGAAAGUAUGCACAUGUCUUCAAGCUGUACAGCGCAGUUAAGGAGCGACCAAGGAUCAAUGAUUACUUGGCUAGCAAGAGAAGACAGGACUACUCAAUGGGAAUCUAUCGAUACUAUGAAGAAUUAGACUUCGGCCCCGGAGGCCGUGAUUGA